ACCCGACUUAUCUUGAAUGAGAAACUCGGCCAAGGAAACCUGGUUAUUCUUUGGUGUGGCCUUGGAAAAUAGUUAUAAUUAAUGAGAGCCUGUUACGUUCCUCCAUCCUCAGUAGAUCCUCCUCCCAACACAAUCUGCAUAACUCCUCUCUACAUGUCUAAUCCUUAUACGUAUAGCUACUUUAUUAAUGAUUUCCCGUGCGCGCAAUAUAUGACGUCACAGUAGUAUAGAAAAUGAGGUUUGGGACUGAGCGCGGGGAUCGAGAGGCCGGAGGGACACAUAUGAUGCUGCAUGCCAGUAACUGUACUACCAGAGACCUUGAGAGAGAGGGAUAGGGAUGCUGCAAGUAACUGUGAGCUUGAGAGAGGGAUAGAAGGAUGAUGAGGGGGAUAGGGAUGCUGCAAGUAAAUGAGAGCUUGAGAGAGGAAGGAUAGAAGGAUGCUGAGGGGGAUAGGGAUGCUGCAAGUAAAUGAGAGCUUGAGAGAGGAAGGAUAGAAGGAUGCUGAGGGGGAUAGGGAUGCUGCAAGUAAAUGAGAGCUUGAGAGAGGAAGGAUAGAAGGAUGCUGAGGGGGAUAGGGAUGCUGCAAGUAAAUGAGAGCUUGAGAGAGGAAGGAUAGAAGGAUGCUGAGGGGGAUAGGGAUGCUGCAAGUAAAUGAGAGCUUGAGAGUGGCCGGAUAGAGGGAGAUAUGGUUCGAUGCUGCAGUACAAGUUAUCACAAAAUCCAAGCUACCAGUUAUUUAUGGGUAGUUUCUAGCCAUGGUUACAAGUCACAUACGUGUAGUUUCUAGCCACGGUUACAAGUUAUAUACGUGUAGUUUCUCGCCCUGAAUACAAUUAAGUUUCAUAUACGUUCUAGUAGUUUAAUUCCCCCCGCGCGCAAUAUGACGUCACAGCUGUAAAGAAAACGACGUGUUGGCGCGAGAGGAGAGGAGGGGGACAAGGAUGUUACAAGGACUGUACAAGUUAUCACGGUGCCCUGGUGACAAGUUCUUAGUGUUACCUCAGCCUGACAGGUGCUGCGUGACGGCCUGCGGAAACACACUGCAAGGAACUACACUUGGCAGGUGCAAUACACGAAGGCCCAGUGAGGCGGCGAGGGGAGAGCCACCGAGGUACCGCCGUCGCCAUGGCUGGGCCGGGGCAGCAGAUGGCCAACGUGAACUUCUCACGGUACAGCAGCGCGGUGUUCAAGGUGGCCCAGCAGGAGGUGUGGCGGGUGUUUGACUGGCUGUACCACCACCACCACCGCCACCAGCCCCCGGUGUACGUGGGGCAGCGUGUCCGGGAGUGUGAGGGCGUCAAGAGGAGGGGGAUCGGGGCCAUGGAGAGGGCCGCCCUGGAGCGCCAGGAGGACCCGGCCAACAUGGACAUAACGCUGCUGUACCAGCUGCUGCAGCUCACCUGUGGCCUGAGGCCGGACGGCCCAGACUGGACCAGCCCCGGCGAGGUGGGGCAGCAGCCGAGUCUGGAGCACCGGCUGUACCUCAUCAAACAGGAGCGGAACAAGCUGAGUCACUGUGCAGACCAGUACAUGCACAUGUCAGACGGCCGCCUGGACACCCUGCUGCAGGAGCUGUCGGGGCUGCUCUGCCACUCCCUGAGGCAGGCCGGCCAGCGCUCAGAACGGCCGGCAGAAGAGGUGGAGGUGGCCGUGGCCAGCGUCAAGGACAGGCUGGCCCACAUCCAGGCCUCUGUGCCCCCUUCAGCCAUGCUUCCACAGGAGUUUGCACUGCUGGCCAGGACGGAGCUGCAGGAUCAGUGGGAGCAGUCAGGCAGCAGGGCGCAGCGGCUGUCACCGCCACUGCUGCGCUGGACCCUUGGAGCAGAGGUGACCCUGGACCAGCUGCUGCAGGGGCCUGGAGGGGAGGAGGGGCAGCCCCCGAAGGUGCUGGCGGUGGUGGGAGAGACGGGGAUCGGCAAGUCUUCCCUCUGCUGGCAGCUGGCGGAGGCGUGGCUGCAGGGCGAGGCGGCAGCGGCGGCGGCGGAGGUGGUGGUGGUGGUGGAGUGCCGGCAGGUGUUCACCAGGGACCUGACACGCCUGCUGCUGGUGGACCUGCUGCCCCAGACCUGCCGCCGCUGCCACCCUGAGGAGGUGCUGGGCCUGCUGGGGGCGCUGCGGGUGCUGUGGCUGCUGGACGGUUUCGAGGAGGCCUCGGGGGACGCCCGGGACCUGCUGCGGCGCCUGGUGGAGUUGUGCAGCGGCAGCAGCGGCGGCCACGUGGUGGUGGUCACUUGCCAGCCACACUACAGGGAGGAGCUGGACGCCUGUCUGGCCCCUGCUGUCACACCCUGCUAUGCCACCCACUGCGGCCUCACCAAGCAGGGCUUCCACACACUGCUGGCCACCCUCCUCCAGGAUGGCCAGGAGGCAGCAGGGGAGGCCACGGAGGGCAGGGUGGAGGCAGGAGAGGACAGGGGGAAAGAACCAAAAGGGGAGAGUUCAGGGGGUGGGGAGGAGGCAGGUGGGGAGGGCAAGGUAACACAGGGAGAGAGGGAAGGGAGCGGCAAGAAGGUGGGAGUGGAGGCACAGUGCGAAGCCUUCCUGCAGGAGGUGCAAAAGCUGGACCCCAGGCUGCUGGGGGAGCUGCACAACCCCCUCAAGCUGGUGCUGGCGGUGCACCUGUGGAAGGAAGGCCGGCUGGGGGAGGCAGCUGGGGCUCCCCUCACCCGUCUGUAUGCGGCCAUCCAGGAGGUGCUGGUGGCCAAGCUGGUGGCCAGGGCGCGGGCCGGGAGCCGGCUGACAGAGGCUGAGGUGAGGGAGCGCGUGAGGCAGUGGGUGGCGGCGCUGUGUAGGGAGGCGCUGGCCAUGCGGGGCCGGGGCUGCUUUGUGGCCCUGGACGAGACGGCCGAGCGGCUGCUGAGGGAGCGGGCCAUACAGCUGAUGCUGCCCUACACAGACUGCUUCUCCGUCUUCCUGGUGUGUCGCAGCGGCCCCGGGCCAAAACACAGCUUCCUGCACCACACCCAGCAGAGUGUCCUGGCCGCCCAGCACCUGCACACCUUGCUGCUGCAGGACCUCACCGCCCAGGAGCUGAGGGCCCUCCUGCUGCCUGGCCCGCCCACCACCAGCACCACGGACACCACCAAUACCACCACACCCACCACCAAUACCACUGACACCAAUUUCUCCACUACUACCACACCCACCACCACUGCUACUCUCACUGAUUCCCUUGUUGCUUUCAAAAUUUCCGUUAGUGCUCUCAAAGAUUCCGCUGCUGCUCUCAAAGAUUCCGCUGCUGCUCUCACCACCACCACUGACACCACCGCCAUUGCUAGGUUCAUAUCUUCCACUACUGCUCUCAAAGAUUCCCUUGCUGCUGUCAAAGGCUCCCUUUUUGCUGAUAUCACCCCCACCAUUGACAGCAUUCUCACCACCACCACUGCUACUCUCACUAAUUCCCGUGUUGCUAUCACUAAUUCCUGUUUUGCUGUCAUUAAUAUCAAUGGUAUUCUCAAGCAUGCCACUGAUGUUUUAAAUGAUUCCGCUGCUGCUCUCGAAGAUUCCGUUGGUGCUUUGAAAGAUUACCCUGCUUCUGUCAGUCCUCUCACCGCAAUCGCUCACUUCCAAGCCAUGGCUAAUUUCAAAGCUUCUGUUGGUGCUUUCAAAGAUCUCAAUGCUGCUCUCAUCACCACCAACAACAACACCAUAGAUAAACUCAAUAAUUUAUAUGUUCUUCUCAUCCCGGACUUCCUGGACAUACUGGUGGAAGCGGCCGCCAGCCUGGCCGCCGCGGGGAGCCUGAGUGAGGGCCGCGCCAAGGUGUUGGCUGAGCUGCUGGAGCAGUGCCGGCACUGUCCCUGGCUGAAGGUGGUGCGCCGCACGGCCUGCUGCCCCACCAUGGCCCGGGAGGUGCGGCCUCGCCUCACAGAGGAAUGGAAGGUGACUGACGCCUAUGUUCAAGCAUCUGCCGUGUUGGCUGACAUCCGGGCCCCUGCCUGCAUCACCAUUGAGCUCCACAACAACCCUGACAGUCAUCCUCACCUGCUGCCACUGCUACACUGCCUGGCCAAGGCCCACGUCAGGGUGCACCUGCAUAUCCAUUCUACCUUAUCCAUGGGUCCAGUACCUAGCUCCUGUGACAGCCUCCUCCUCCCCCUAUGUGGCCCUGCUCCACUCUGUAGCCUAAUUAGCUUCAUUGGGACGCUCAGUGCAGAGGGAUACCGUACCCUACGGCAGCAAGGGAGCAAUCUUGUCUCAAUGACUGUGGUGGUGUUGGAACCUACAGCACUUGAGGAGUUGAUCCAGCUGACCCACCACACGGAGAGUCUCAAGGAAGUGACAAUCUUCCUCUUCAGCAUCUUCAAGGUUUGUCCCAGCAAGUCUGUGUCUCCAAGGGUUGGGGUCCACCUCCUCCUGACGUGUGUGGAGGAUAAGGAGGCUGAGGACGCUGUGAUCCUGGCGCGGCACAUCAAGGACGCCUUCAAGAGCAUCAGGCUGGGACGAGUCUCCCCCUCCACUGUCUGCCGCAUGGUGGAAGUCUUUAUGAAGAAGAAGGUGCGCACACCCAGCCUGGGCAGGGUUGCAAUGUUUCAAAUCAUUGAUAUUCUGCAAACUAUAUCUUUUCAUUUUUUCCCUCUGCCCCUGCCACCCAAUAUGACCCUGGAGCAUGUGUAUGAGAUGUGGGACAACUUGCAUAUGAAGGUAACCAUGAGGGUGGAAACGCCCAGCACGGACACGGGCACAGCGGCGGACACGGAGGACAGCUGCAGCGGCGCCGAGUCUGGGGAUGUGGCUGGGCCGUGAAUGCCCAAGGUGGCAGCAGUGAGGGGUGGGUUCCCUUGGUUUAGUGCAAUAUUAAUUGGAACAUGAUUUUUUCAUGUCUUUUAUUGCCAAGAAGCAGCGACAUUACCUUCAGCUGAGAGGCUCGUGUGGGCCGCCUCCCCACACCCUGCCCAGGCCCACAGCAGCCUGGCACCUGAAGGCCCCCCUGAGCCUCUGAGGUCACUGCUGGCCAGCCACACCCUCACCAACACUGGCCUGGGCCUUACAGGAGGACAGGCACCUCCAUGUGUUCUCUCCUCUUAAAUGAACACCAUUAUUCCAUUAAAGUCGUUCCAGGAGAAUCUGGCGGGC